CAUUGAUUAUUUUUUACCCACUACACUUAAUCUUUGAAAAUGAGUUCUGUUGUGUCAAAUUUAUAUUCUAACUCGAUUGUUAAAUAUGCGGUUGCAGGGGCUGGUCUGUGUUUCCUGGGGUAUUGCAUUUACUUUGAUAGCAAACGCAGAAACCAUCCAGAUUUCAAGAAAAAACUGAGAGAACGACGAAAGAAAUCGAAUUCAACAAAAUCUUCAAAAACUGGUAGUAUUCAGCUUCCAGAUUUACAGAAUCAAGAAGCUGUACAGAAAUUUUUCUUUGAACAAGUUCAACUCGGAGAAGAGUUGCUGGCAGCAGGUGAUGUGGAGAAUGCUGUAGAACACCUGAGCAAUGCUGUGCCAUUGUGUGGACAACCUCAGCAACUCCUGCAGGUGCUUGAACAGACAUUACCUCCUCAAGUUUUCCAGCUUCUAGUUCAGAAACUCCCAGAAGUUAACAAGCGAUAUGCAUCCAUGUUUGCCUCUUCAAUGGCAAUGCCAUCAGCUGCAUCGGCUGCACCAGGUGCCUCAAAAGGGCCAACCCUCACUUUAGCUGAAGAUGAUGUUGAAUGAAAUCAUAGGAGAAAAACUUGCCACCUGUUCUUAUGUACAUGUAAUAAAGACAAAAUACAUUUACAUGUGCUACCAUGGACCAAUUCUUUGUUUGUACAUUUGUAAUGUAUAAGUUUCUUCAAAAUAAUUGAAAAGACAGUACAACAGUGUACUGGUAUUAUGUGUGAUACAUAUAUAUUAAUUUUUGUUAAAUACAUGUAUAUGUGUCAA